GUCCGCGCCAGACCACAGUGGUCGGCGCACGUUAAAGAGGGUCCGGCUUCUCCAGGGGUUGUCAGCCGGGACCAAGGGCAGGAGCUCCAGGGUCCCCUGCCCCAGCCGGCUCUUCCUCGAGGCCCCACCCAGUGCCCUAGUGCUGAGCCCCGGCCCUUAUUUGGGGUGCACAGCCUCAGUCCGUUCAGCCGCAAGGCAGGGAGAAGAGCGCGCGCACGCCCGCCGAGGGGGGACCGUGGAGGCCCGGCCUUAGGAAGGGGUCUCUCCCGGCAGGGCCCAGAUCGGAAGAAACUACAGGGGAGAGAGCGAGACCGUGACCAUGAGCGUGACCGUGAGCGUGACCGAGUGAGACCGAGACCGUGAGCGUGACCCAGUGAGAGCGAGACCGAGACCGUGAGUGAGAGCGAGACUGAAACCCUGACCGAGCGGCAGCCACAGCCGGCCCCGCCCCGUCUCGCUUGACCCCACCACCUCUCGGCGUUGAUUGGACGCUCCUCACUCACGCCCCCUCCUUCCUUCCCCGCCCCGAGCUCGGGCUCUCGAGGGAGUGGUUGGUUAAAUCCGCGCGCGGCGCGCGCAGGAGACCCGGUGGCUGCUCUCCCUACCUUCUCUUCCUCCGGAAAGCGGAAGCGGAAGUGACGUUGAGGGAAAGGGGGGAAGGUGGGGGGCAAUCAUGGUGCCGCUGGGGAGGGGAAGAGCUGCUGCCGCCGCUGUCGUUGCCGGGUGCCGCCAAGACUGGUCCUCAUCUUCCCAUAUCUCACAAUUGCACUGAGCUCUGUUGAACCAUGGGGGAAAACAGUCCAGAUGACAAUAUCAUUUGCUAUGAGACAGAGGAAGAUGAACUAUCACAUCAUGAUAAAAUACUCAGGUUUGUGGAUAAGAAUGGACUGAUGCCUUCUUCAUCGGGAACAGUUUAUGACAGGACAACUGUUCUCAUUGAGCAGGACCCUGGCACUCUGGAAGAUGAGGAUGACGAAGGACAAUGUGGAGAACACCUGCCUUUUCUAGUAGGGGGUCCCGAUGAGGGAUAUCACUUAAUAGAUCAUGAAGGAAUGUCCCAGGGUUAUGUUCAACACAUCAUCUCUCCAGAUCAGAUCCAUUUAACCAUAAAUCCUGGUUCGACACCUAUGCCAAGAAACAUUGAAGGUGCGACUCUCACUCUCCAGUCUGAGUGCCCAGAAACGAAGCGCAAAGAAGUGAAGCGGUACCAGUGCACCUUUGAGGGCUGCCCUCGCACCUACAGUACAGCAGGCAACCUGCGCACCCACCAGAAGACCCACCGGGGCGAGUAUACUUUUGUCUGCAACCAAGAGGGCUGUGGCAAAGCUUUCCUCACCUCAUACAGCCUCAAGAUCCAUGUUCGAGUACACACAAAGGAGAAGCCAUUUGAGUGUGAUGUGCAGGGCUGCGAGAAGGCAUUCAACACGUUGUAUAGACUGAAAGCACACCAGCGGCUGCAUACAGGGAAAACCUUUAACUGUGAAUCAGAAGGCUGCAGCAAAUACUUCACCACGCUCAGUGAUCUGAGGAAGCACAUUCGAACCCACACAGGAGAAAAGCCAUUUCGGUGUGAUCACGAUGGCUGUGGGAAGGCGUUUGCAGCAAGCCACCACCUGAAAACACACGUCCGAACACACACUGGUGAAAGGCCCUUCUUCUGCCCCAGUAAUGGCUGUGAGAAGACAUUCAGCACUCAGUACAGUCUCAAAAGUCAUAUGAAAGGUCAUGAUAACAAAGGACAUUCAUAUAGUGCACUUCCCAACAGCGGGUCCGAGGACACAAACCACUCACUUUGUCUGAGCGACUUGAGCCUCAAAUCCAAGGAUUCUGAGCUACGAGAAAAUUCCAAUACAACACAUGGCCAAGACCUUAGCACAAUUUCACCAGCAAUCAUCUUUGAAUCAAUGUUCCAGAACUCAGAUGAUACUACAAUCCAGGAAAACAAGCAGACAGCUGCCUUGAGUGAAAGUUUUAAUGGUGAUACAGAGUCAGUCACCGCUGUCCUGCCCUCCACAGGAGAUUCAGCAUCUUUAUCUCUUCCACUUGUACUGCAGCCUGGCAUCUCCGAGCCUUCCCAGUCUGCACUACCCGCCUCCACACCGCCCGCUCCUCCUCCUCUGACUGCUCCCUCCAUAGGAACUGGUUCCCAGCCAGCUGCAUUUGGGACCCCCCCUGCUAUUUUACAGCCUCCAGAAGGGCCAGUUGCCCACAGCACACAGUUUGCUGCUAAUCACCAAGAGUUUCUUCCGCACCCUCAGCCGCCGCAGCCCCUUGUACCAGGACUUUCUGUCGUUGCUGGGGCUCCCCCAGUAACAGCGGCACCACCAACUACCACUGAGGCCAUGCCAGCUCUGGUUCAGACUCUGCCUCUGGGGGCCACCCCUGUUCUGACGAACAAUCCCACCAUAACCAUCACCCCAACUCCCAGCACAGCUAUUCUGCAGUCCAGCAUAGUUAUGGGAGAUCAGAAUCUACAGUGGAUACUCAAUGGUGCAACUGGCCCUCCCCAAAACCAAGAGCAAAUUCAACAGGCUUCUAAGGUAGAGAAAGUGUUUUUUACCACUGCAGUCCCUGUCGCUGGCAGUGCAGGGAGCUCCGUGCAGCAGAUUGGCCUCAGUGUUCCUGUGAUCAUCAUCAAACAGGAGGAGGCCUGUCAAUGCCAGUGUGCGUGCCGGGACUCUGCCAAGGACCGGGCUGCUAGCAGCAGCAGCCGGAGGAAGGGCUGUUCCUCACCACCUCCUCCAGAGCCGAGCCCUCGGAUCCCUGAUGGCCCAUCCCUCCAUCUACCCCCCCAGACUUUUCCAUCUUCUGCCUCAUUGUCAUCUUCUUCCUCCUCCUGCUCCCCUUCUGGCAGCCGGAGUAGACAGGAAGAGAACCCUUCAGACUCUCAGACUGAGUCAUUAAGUGCCAUGGACGUAUCAGAGUUCCUGUCCCUCCAGAGCCCGGACACCCCAUCCAACCUGAUUCCCAUUGAAGCACUACUGCAGGGGGAGGAGGAUAUUGGCUUAGCCAGCAGCUUUGCUAAGUGAAGCACCCUUGGCUCGCUCGCUUCUGAGCAGAGCUACAAGAACAGAUGGCCUCCACCUGGGGGUCAGAAGUUUGAAGGAUGAAGAGGUUUGCUGUUGGGAAGUCAUACUUCUCAGACAUCAUUUCUUUAUUCCCAUCCCAGGAAUGUCCAUUUUAAGGAACUGAUCUUUGGAGAAAAAAAAACAACAAAAAGACAAAAAAAAAGACAAAAAAAGCUAAGUUAUAAAUGAACUAUUUUGGCUGCACUGUAUGUCACUUUUGCUUAUUGUCAUGUGAACAUGGAAAUUAAGGUUACUCGUAUGCAUAAAAAUUCUAAAUUGAAAGGGGUGUGGUUUCCAUCAAUCUUAGAUUGAUUAUUACUUGUAUUGGGGCAUUUGCAGUUUUGGCAGUGUAGUCUCAUUACAGCUCCCAGGGUGCCUCUCUUCCCUGGGUAGAUUCUGGGUAGAUUUGAGACUAAGUCACAAACUGAAAUGCAAGCCAGUGACCCCAAAGAGGGGGAAGAGUGCUAGUAGAGGAAGAAGCCGUGUGUGUUGGACAGGACUCAGGUGUGGUUGGUGUAUGGCAAGGAGCCUCAGAGAAGGCUGAGGCCAGUGGCUGCAGAGACAGGGUCCCGGAGAGCCUGAUGUUUGGCUUGGGGCCCAGGCAGGGCACUGACUUGUGUUGGGUGGAAGAUGCAUGUUCAGGGUGGACAUUAGCAAGGUAGUCAUGGUUUCUUUGUCUCUCUUGGCUGUUGGCAGCUAUAGGUUAUGGUGCCUUUCAGGGAGAGAAAGGUGUUUGUACCUUUGAGCUGACUACCAUGUUUGGUGUAGAGUCUCUUUGUUGACCUUUGCCCUCUCUUGGGCCACUUGACCUUUGCAGAGCAAAGGUGGGCCGACUUUGUCAGGAGAGCUGUAGGUAGUCUUCAGAUGAAGUGGAGUUGCCUGGGUAGGCUGCCCUAGUUGGGGUCCUGGUCCAGCGAAUCAGCUGCUUCCUGUCUGGUUUUGCCCUGUAUUCUUACUAAUGCAAACGAGUAUAAUUUCUUUGUUGACAUGUGCAACAUAGCUUAGUAAUUUGAUAUGAAAACUAUGAUCUUCUAACCUACUCAGGGUAAAGUAAAGCAAAAUUUAAAAAAAUCCCCCUUCCACCAAAAAGCCUGAAGUGUUGCAAUAAGGUUUUUUUUUUUUUCAUUUGGAAUGUUUUGUUAUGUUGCAUUAUAUAAAAAAAAGAAAAAAAGAAAAAAAAAUUUUGAUCUUUAUAGAAUUUUAUCCACUUCUCUCUGGCCAUGGCUCCAAGUCAUUUCAUUUAAGAACAGCAUCGUCUAGUUUUUGUUGUUUUCUGUGACUUAGUCAUAAGAGUGGUGACAUCUUUGCCCAGAGAAUUCAGAAAUUUAGUUCCACCCAGUAAGUAGGCUGGGCCUUCUGCCUCCUCUGUAGUCCUUUUCCUUCCUACUUCCUAUUUGGAGGGAAUAGGAUGUCCCAUGAGCCAGAGUAUACUACAGACCCCAUAUGUUUAGGCCAAGGACAGCUAAGAGUUUACCUUCUUCCUUCUUCCAAGGGCUUGAGUUCCUCAUUGACCCCUAGCCACCAAAUGACCACAAAGAUAUAUUUGCCUCUUUCAUUUCCCAAGCCAGCAUUCCCAAGACAGCCUUGUAGGUACCCAGGGCAGUCAGUUUGACCUCUGAACUGCAGGCUGUUCAGAGAUUCCCUGCCCCUCCCCCUCUCCCUACCUCACCCUAAAAAAGGUUGUUACCAUUGUGAGGAGAAAGAGAGGUUUGAUCAGGGCAAAUUAUUUGCCUUUCCAGGAGCAAUGAAGCAAAGGCUGGAAAGUAGUUGAAAAGGGGAGUAGAUGAAGUCUUAUCUCCCGGAAAAGUGGGGGGUGGGCUUCCUGUUACUGCAGUGUGGUACAUUCAGUAAUAUCAUUUUAUGUUUAGAAGUAUCAAUAACUUGAUUGCAAUGGAGAGGCUUCCUUGAAGGAGCUGAACCUAUGCUAUCUUUUCAACUGUCCAUGCUGUUUUAUUGACAGCUCAAAGACCCCUUCCACCUUUGCCCCCCCCCCCCCCAACACACACACACCUUUUACAACUGAGACCAUUCUGCUCAGGUCCAGGGGGAUAGGAGAGGAGCUACAAAGUUCUGGCCUGCACCCUCUCACCCCUUUCUGAAUCUGAACCGACCAAACUCCUCCAAUACGAUUCUGGCUCAUUGAGGAUUCAGGCCUGGACCCAGAAAUAUUAAGGAGGCCUAUUAAAAACUGUCCUUUUUGAUAGUCACAUUAUUUUAUAGAUGGUUUUCCAGGUGCCAAUUCUUGUCAACUUUCAUUGAUCAGCCUAUGCUGAGCAUAAGAGGAGGAGGAAUGUAGAAAAGCCACAUGCAGUGGCUCAGACGUACAGACUUUCAGUUGAACAAGUUAAGGUUUUUGUCACUUGGUGAUGACCCUAGGGUUUGGUCAGGCAGAUCAUAGAAACCUCAGAAUCAUUAAACAACCAGAAGUUGUCCAGAUUACAGUGAUCAGAGUUCUUAAAUCCAUUCAGCUUUUGAUAAAUAAGGAAUUCCCUUAAAAUGGUAGUGGUGAUAAGCAGACUUAGAAGGCGGGGUCAUUCACUCGAGGGGGCAUUCUUCUCUUCCAGUCUCUUCAAGUUCCUAUGGAUAUAAAAGAAACUCUCUUCUUGUCUACAUGAACUCUGGGCUGGGCAUCCUCUCCAAGCUAGGUCCCUAACAAGGUUAGGGUGCUUUGGACCCAGAGAGGAGCAAGCUCAGAGUUGAACUGGGACCAGAAAGACCCUUAGGUGGGAGUUUGGUUUCUUAAACUUGUAAGACUGGGGUCCCCAUAGAGACUACAGAGGUACUGUAGACUUUAGAAGAAAAGGCUGCACCUAUAGGUUGGAAUUGCUCAUGGGCCUCAUGGCCUAGAAGGGUAAUUGAGACAUGCCUUAUCUCAUUGCUUCUUUGGUGAUUGCUUCAUACCAUGAAUUGGAAUUUAUAGGCUGAGGUGGUUGGCAAGGAAAGUCAGCCUUGGCGGGCACCACCAAGCUGCCUUAAACUGUGUUCUCAAACUGGACUAUGCUCCAGAUUCAGUGACAACCAGCACUGCCGGUCCUCAGAGGUGUUGUGUGUGUAUGUGUGUGUGUGUGUGUGUGUGUGCAUGCAUGCAAGCUUGUGCACUUGUGCCCAUCCAUGAAGAGUCUCCUUCUGGAAUAAGUAAAAAAGAGGGGGAGGGAAUAUGAUGGGGAAAGGCCUCCUAGCUUCUCAUUGUGGGGCUGACGGUGUAUGGCUUCACAGCCACUCACCUUUUGGGGGUUUGGUCACUAGGGUUGGGGUUAUUUAUUGAGUUCUGCCUUUUCCAGAAGGAGUUCAUGGUACAUAAGGAGGGAGACAUGAAGUGUAGAAUCCUCAAGGGGUCAGAGGACCCCAGGAAGGGAACCUCUAGGUGUACCUGUGGCUUGGAGGGUCAGGAUGAGGACCUACAGACUGGUUUGGAAUAAUGGAGGCUAAGGCUUCAUGGGAGAGACUUGGUACAAUGGCGAAUGUUUCCAGAGAGAUGAGUUUGCAGAACCUCGUACUGGUAUAGUAAAGAAUAAUACAAAUUUAAAAGCACUUUAGGUUAUGUUAUCCUUAACCCGAUUGCUGCAAUUUUAUUUUGUAUAUAUAUUUUCCACAAAGUUUUAUUUUUUUCUCUGAGAAAAUGGAGGCGUGAAGAGAAAAGCACUUACCUUGGUGCAAUACUUGUAGUUUGGUGGAUGUUACCCUACGCAGACCCUGCCUUGGCCUGGCCCAGGCUCGGUGUUGCUCAGUUCCACAACAUGGUGCCCUGUCUGUAAGGAAACACUAUUAUGCAUUCCUAGCAACUAUGAAAUCUAUGCAAACCCUCUCCCUGUUCCCUGGGCUGAAAGGGGGAGAGGGGCUCUCCUGAAGAGCUGCUCAUCACUUUUCCCUUGGCCUGUUUGAAGAUCACCCCCCUACACAGACACAGCCUCUUUUCAGCUGCAGUUCAUUGUCUUUCUCCUGCCCUGGGAGGGCAGUGAGAAAAGCCUAAAGGGAAGGGACAAGUUGGUCUUGGGGCAGAAACUUUGCACCUUCUAGACUUUUAUAUUGGCAAUCAGGGCCAUUGUCUUGUUAUAAAGACUCCUACAGAGUCAGGGAAUUCAUUGGAUUUUUGUAACUGCAGCAGCACUGUUAAAUGUCUUACUGGACUUCCAAUCACAAAUAUUUGUAUUGAGGAAGAAGGAACCAUUCCCAGCUCUCUUCCUUUCUCUUCUUUGUCCACAAAAGGAAACUCCCUCAGUGUUCAUUGGCUACAGUAAACUGAGCUCACCUCAGUCCUGUAAGGUGAUUUAUCAGAGGUGGAGGACAGUCCUUAAUCCUUUGAUUUCAUCUUCUCAUUGGAAGCUUAGUUCAGAUGAGAAGUUUUAAAGUAAAAUUCCAACCCAAAAGGACUUUCCUAUAGAGCAAAUCUCUAAGUGACUUCUGUGGGCAAACUAGGGAGCUGAUCCUUCCUCAUUUUGAGGAAGGGAGGGAGAGAGCAAAAGGAAAUGAUACCUAUAUUUCUGAUUGGUUAAGUCUUCAUUUGGAAUGUUCCCUUUGACAUAUUGGGGGGGAAUUCUUUCCCAGUGUGAUCCAUAGUUUUUAAGGUGAUGAUUGUGGGCUGGGCUAAUCCUAAUUUUUGGUAUUUUGUCUCACUGUAUCUCCUGUUCUACAGUUGGAUUCUGUCUGCACUGAAAAUGCAAAUUAAACUGGAUAUUGAUGUCAGAAUGUAUAAAGUCUAAGCUCUUGUUCUUGUCUCCAGAUUUCUAAGCCUGAUCUGUUGUGUUCCCAGCAGAGUCUGCUGGGCUUCUUCUGCAGAGGGCCCUUUAAACUCAGUGCAGCUUCUGCUGUUCUGUUUCAAGAAACUUUUCAGCAGAAUCAGGCAGGGCUGGGGGUAGGAAUGGGAUGGUGUGGAUGGUUUUUUGUUUUUGUUCUUGUUCUUCUCAAUAUCCUUUUUCCCCAACUGUGGUACAAAGUCACAGCCUUCUCCUGGCCUCUUUCUGUUCCUGUCCUUGUGCCUGCUUAAGGCUGCAGCUCUUUGCCUGACUCAACCACCCACAUCCAAUGUUGUAAUAUUCUGGAGAUAGAGAGAGUAUUAUUACUGGGAAGUAGCAGGUUCCUUGGGGAUGUAAGGUGGGGUGGGGGGUGAGGACUCCUAGCUCCUCUUUGGGAGGAGGCCGGGAGGAGGCCUUCUGCUGUGACUCCAGCCUAGAUCAUCCAACCAGGCACUGAGACUCUCCGUUGUUUUCACUUCUAACACACCUAUCGGCCCAAGCUUUCGGUAAUGGUUUUUAAAAUCCCGGAUAUCAGUUUUAUUAGGAUUAUGUAAACGUCUAUAUCAAAGGAAUUUAUUUAAAUAUGAAACAUGGGAACAACUGACUUCCACUGAGCAAUGUGAAAAUGUUAGUUACAGGUUCAGUACUUCCAAAGGAAGAAUCCUCCAAACCCAAAAAACAAGUAAAUAUGAAUUUGUAUUUUUGAAGAAUGUGAAAUAAUGGUGUUUGCUUAAUUGCUCAUUUUGUAUAAAGUUAAUAUUGUACUUUAAAAAUCUGCUAAGAAGUGGAAAUUUAACUUUUUGGAAUUGAAAAAAGCAAUAUUAAAUACUAAUGAAAUCCUAAUU